AUGGAGCUUGCUGUGGAGAAAGCGGUAACUGCGGAUACGGGCCAACCUACUGCGGUACAGGCUGUUCCAGCAACUGUGACGCAACCGCCGAGUGUGGAAAAUUUUCUAAACUGCUCAGAAUUUGGAUUCUGUGGCACCACAGCAGACUUUUGUGGGAAGAACUGCCAGUCUAAUUGCGUCGAACAUCCAAAGCCUUCCGGUGGGGGAGGCAAGGUGGACGAUCGCGUAAUUGGGUACUGGGAAGCUUGGAAUGCUAGAUCAGCUUGUCACAACACUCAAGCGUCGGAUCUUCCUCUCGAUGCUCUUACACAUGUCAACUAUGCCUUUGCCUACAUCGAUCCAAGCAGCUUUGAGAUUACAACCAUGGACGCUCAGACUCCAGUAAGCACGUUUGAAGACGUAGUGGCACUGAAGGACCUGAAGCCGGAUCUCAAAGUCUUUGUUAGUAUUGGCGGGUGGACCUUUUCAGACAACGGCACAGCCACGCAACCCGUAUUUGGAAACAUUGCUCGCACCUCAGACAACCGACAAAAGUUUGCCAACAACCUGCUCAAAUUCAUGACCGGAUAUGGGUUUGAUGGAGUUGAUCUUGAUUGGGAAUAUCCUGGUGCACCUGAUCGCGGUGGUAAGGAGGACGACACUAAGAACUACGUUGAACUUCUCAAGACAUUGAAAUCCACCUUUGAUAACUCAGGCCAAAACCUAGGCCUUACAUUUACUGCGCCAUCUUCAUUCUGGUACCUCCGAUGGUUCGAUCUUCCCGGCAUGAUGAAGUAUGCUGACUGGGUAAAUUUGAUGAGCUACGAUCUGCAUGGUGUCUGGGAUAGUAGCAAUCCGAUUGGUGCAAUCGUCCAGGCACAUACGAACUUGACAGAAAUAAAGCUGGCUGCAGAGCUCUUCUGGCGUGUCGAUAUUCCCCCGUCACAAGUCGCACUAGGCUUUGGCUUUUACGGCCGAGCAUUCACGCUUUCAGACCCAAGCUGUACCACGCCCGGGUGUCCCUUUAGUGGUGGUGCAAAGAAAGGUGCUUGCACUGCAACCAGCGGCUACCUUGCACACUAUGAGAUUCAAGACAUCUUGAACAAGAAUAACAAGCGAGAUCUAACAAUUGUACACGACGAAAAAGCAGCUGUCAAGUAUCUUCACUGGGAUAACAAUCAGUGGAUCUCGUUCGACGACGCAGACACUUUUAAGCAGAAGAGAGACUGGGCUAAUAGUGUUGGCUUCUCAGGGUCACUGAUUUGGGCAUCUGAUCUCGACGAUUAUGACAACACUGCACACAAAGCAUUUACCGGCAACCAGAAAAUUGGAUCACGAAAACAGCUCUCCGAUUUUAAUCUCAAGGAUGAUUACACGGAGACAGCAAACUCCUUCCUGGGCCAGGGUUGUAAGUUCAAUGAAACUGUUGUUAGCGAUGUCAAGAGCUACGACUGUGGUAAGGAUAUGGAAUUGGUAGCGUAUGAUACGCAUGGCUGCAAAGGCGACAAGAAUCAUAAAGACUGGCAGUGUGGAUGGCCAAUGUGCUGUCCUACAUCGGCACGCAUGAAGGACAAGUGCAUGUGGCGUGGAAGCGGUGGAGACUGCAAUGGCCAGUGCCAUCCCAAUGAAGUUAAAAUCGGUGGUUCUUCAUGGGGCGGUUAUCCAGGUGAGGGCCAUACUGGUAGGUGUAGUCGAGGAGGCAAGGCCCUCUGUUGCACUGUGGACACUGAGCCUGUCACGCACGGUUGCUACUGGACAGAAGGAUGUGACAACAAGAGAUGUGCGGCCGAUGAAGAAAGCGUGGCCCACGCAUUCAGCAUCAACAACAAUGCAUGCGUUGUAGAACUGCCGCCGCUGAAGCGUCGAGGUGACGAGCUUUUCAGUUUGCAAUCAAGGGCUUCUAGUGGUGGUCAGAACUACUGCUGCAAGAAAACUAAAAAGGCAUUUGACAAAUGCAGUUGGAUUGGCAGUGGUGACUGCGCGAAAAAUACAUGUGAACGGAAUCAAAUCACUCUGGCAACCGAUUCAUACGGAGAUUCUGAAGACUCUUGCAAUUGGUGGCGUUCAAAAGCGCUCUGCUGCGAGCCAAACGAGGAUGCCCUCAACGUCUCGAUAUGCGAUGGUGAUCUUUGCGAGGACGGCGGCUGCGAAAUUCCCGAACUGGACGACUCUCUCGCAAAGCGAUCCCUAUCUGAUGACUGGGAUUACCUAGAAGGCCGCGCAGACAACAAACGUCCGCCAGGUGCAGCUAAUCAAAAAACAGUCGUCCUCGAGGCAGGCAUCAAUCUGAUUCUGACAAGUGCCCCGUACCCCUCUGGUGCCAAGCUCUUUGAAGGAGGCGGAUUGAACACACUGUCGAUGAAAGGCGGUUUCAUGAUGGCAGACACCGUUUGCACCAACCUUGGUGUGGCAUUCCACACGCUCUCUAGUAUGGAGCAUCUGCUCAAGGUAGCUGUAACAGGCGUGCUCGUUUCCAAGAAAGCGAUGAAGGCUGCAAAAAUGUCGGCAAGAGAUGUGGCCAAUGCUUGGAACUCAGUGUAUCCAGCAGGUGCUACUCUUACGUCGCUAGGCCAGCAGUUCGUCACCGGAGUCACAGGCUUCGGGUCUGACGACGGGUAUGGUAAUGAUUGGAAUAACCUGAAAACUCCAAACAUGAGGUUCUUUACUGUCAUUGGAUCUCAUGCUUAUCGCUAUGGCCUUUCGUAUCUGCCUGGCGAUAUGAACACCAUGAAGAGUAAUCUACUGAGAGGUCAGGACCCUGUUGCCCUGCGGAAAUUCACUUCAAAUUUGAACAAGGUGGCCAAGGGAACCGAUCUCAAGGAAAUGGAAAAAUCGGUCUUUGGCACAGUCGCAUACUAUAACGACGCAUCCCUAGCCAGCUACUUUGACAAAACCACCAGCGACAUGACUGCUUUAGCCAAAGAAAUGGCCCAGUACUUUACCGGCUGGAAAAACUUCCCUGCGAUUCUCGCAGAGUACCAAGCGGACCUACUGGAGUACGCCAGUAACAAUGCUAGGAACUUUGUAACGGCACGCUGUACGUUGAUCCUCGACAAAUUCAAGGACGUUGAUGAGGCUACGGCUGCGGAACCCGUCAAGAACCUGAUAAAGACUACCAAAUUCUUUGCGACGCAGUUGGACAGGUUGAAGUUUAGUGAUACUUCUGUUGGAGCAGAGUAG